CAAUAUAAUAAAAUAUUUUUAAUUUAUUUUAUUUAUUUUUCAAAUUAUUAAUAAUAUAGUUAUAUUAAAUAUAAAACAAAAUAAUGAAUAUUCAAAAAGCGCAGUGCCCUCAUCCUUAUCAUGACCCUAGUAUUAACUGUGAACGUAUUUCCAGCUGGGGUAAAAUAAUCUUUGAAGUUCCACUAGAGAAAGGUUGUACUAUUGAUUGUCUCCAAAAAUACCUUGAAAUGUUAGAUGACGAGGUUAAAAUAUUUGAAAACGUUGCAAAGGUUUACAGAUCCCUAAAAAUUGAACCAGAUGGUACUCUCCCCGAAUUCGAGUUUAAUGAUGUAAUUAAUUACUACAUGGGUGAAUUUGAACGAUUGAAAAAUAAAAAUAUUCAAGAUUUGUUCAAUACAAACAUAUCAGAAUUGGAGUUUCCAGGUAUACCAAAAGCCAAAGAUAACAUAAAACUUUAGAAACACCAAUAAUAAAAAUAAAAAGGUUUUUAUUUUAU